CUGACAAUAGUUUUUUUUUACAUAGGGCGUCUGUGUGAGCAUGCUAGUUCAGAUUCUUAUCAAUUGGGAAUAGGAAUUUGCCUAGGAAUUUUGUGUGGUUCAAUGAGUCAACACUAUUACUAAUCUGCUGGUUCGAAUUAUUGGAUAGAGUGAAAUUUAUGUGGACUGUUUUGUUUUUAUUAAUAAUUAUUAGGAGUUUCAAUCUAUUGCAGAUAGUAAUGUGAACCUCACUAUAGUAUUGAUCAGCUGAUUGCGUGCCAAGUGCAAGAUUUAACUCCUAUUGUAAUGUAAAUUUAACAAUGUAAAUUUUAACAAUGUAAAUCAUCACAAGUUGGGAUUAAGUUUGAUAGAUCGCUUCUAAAUGGCAAUAGUUGAGAUUUUUAAAUGUUCAAUAUUACAAUGCUCAGUAGCCGUUAUCAAAAAGAACGUUACAUUCAAAGAACUGAUAAAAAAACAAUACCUGCACAUGUUCAAUAUGGUGCUCCGUAAGGUUAAGAUGACCUUUGGACUUGGCUGUAUUUACAUUUAGGUUUAGGUUAGGUUGUUCUAAGCUAACUAUGCUCUGUUAAUAUAUUAUUUUUAGCUAAUACUUAUUAGAGCUAUUUCAAUAUUCUUGACAAAUAAUUUAAAUUAAAAUUCCAGUUUUUAUAGUUGAGUUCCAGAUAUCAGUUUUUUUUUGUCAAUGGUAAAUUUUACCCUAGAACAGCGGGUUCUUGAGCUUAAAAUGAGAAUACGUUUUACACAGACACAAUAAUAAGGAUUAUUCAGUUAGGCUAAACUGAUAUCAUUUCUUUUUAAUUAGAUUCUUGAAAUUUUCAAGUCUCCUUGUUUCUAUCAAUUCAACAUGGCAUUUCUGGAGUGGAGAAGGUUCAAUUUUUUCGACAUUAUUUAUGAUGCGGACGGGGGAAGCAUUAACAAAGCACUUGAGGAUGUACGCGUUACUGCAACAGGUAGUGGACAUGGCUUGCUGGUGCUUGGAGAUUCUGAUGGAAAAGUUCACCUCAUCACGCGUAACUUCACUUUCAACACAUUUCAAGCAUACAACAUCAAUAUCAACUUGCUUGAAAUGUCUCGUAAUCUGCCUUACCUUGUCACGGUUGGGAGUGAUGAGCCCGGCGUGAAUCCGCUCAUAAAGAUGUGGGACGUUGACAAAGUGGACCGACACGGCAGCCCGGUUUGCCUUCGCAUCCUGAGAGCGGCGUUGCCAAGUCGCGCGGUGCAGGCCACCUGUCUCUGCCUCAACGAGUCGCUCACCAUCAUGGCCGUUGGCUUCGUUGAUGGCUCGGUCGCUCUCUACAGAGGUAAUCUACCAAGAGAAAGGAGGACUAAACAGAAAAUUCUACAAGAAAAUCAGCAAUCUGUAACAGGAAUUUCUAUUCAAGAAACCUCUAAGAAUACGUAUCUCUUUGUAGUGACAUUGAGUACUGUAGAUUUUUACAAUAUAACUCACAAAGAUAGAGAGACAAAGACUAGAUUGGAUGUGAUCGGAUGCAGUGCCAAAUGCUCGUUAUUGCUCGACUAUGUUUCAAUGGAUCAUUUCAUGAUAUGCAGGGAUGAUGCAGUCUACUGCUAUACAACUGAUGGCCGUGGGCCGUGCUACGCUAUAGAAGGCCAGAAAAUCAUGGUGCAAGCAUUCAAAAGCUACAUUGUGAUCAUUGCUAAGGAUUCAACUAAGAAGAAAACUCAAAACUCAUCGACAGCUACACCUGCAAUUGGGAAUGAACAGAAGGCACCUGCAGAUAAAGAUCUUCUCACUUUGACUGUACUGGACAUUCAAAACAAGUUUAUAGUUUUCUCAGUUCCUCUGAAAGAAGUUGAAGCUGUGUUGGCUGAGUGGGGCUCAUUCUAUCUGCUGACAGGAUCUAAUUCCAUGUGCCAAUUGGUCGAAAAAGAUCUCCAAUCAAAGCUUGCCUUACUUUUGAAGAAAAAUUUGUACGACGUGUCGAUAAGAAUAGCUAAGAACCACCACUAUGAUGAAGAUGCACUGGUGGAGAUUUUCUUGCAAUAUGGUGAUCAUCUUUAUUACAAAGGGGACCACAACGGUGCAAUAGAGCAGUACAUGAAAACGAUCGGCAAGCUAGAGCCUUCCUAUGUCAUAAGAAAGUUGGUGGCAUCACACCAGAUAGAUAAGCUGACGACUUAUCUGCAGGCGUUGCAUAAGCAAGGACAGGCGACCGCCGAUCACACUGCUUUGCUGCUCAAUUGCUACACCAAACUCAAUCAAAUUGACAAAUUGAAAGAAUUCAUUAUGAAAGAUAGAGAUGUAAAGUUUGAUGUAGAGGUGGCCCUGAAUGUGUGCAGACAGACCUCAUCAGUUGACGCUCUGCUGCUUGCUGAAAAGCAUCGUCUUCAUUCGUGGUACCUCAAAAUACAAAUAGAAGACAAUAAUCAGUUAUCUGAUGCGUUGAGCUACCUUGCAAAAUUAGAUUUCAAUGAGGCUGUUGAGAAUACAAUUCGUUAUGGCAGUAUACUGAUGGAAAAAGCUCCAAAAGAAACUACUCAGUUUUUGAAAAGACUAUGUACUAAUUAUCGACCAAGUGAGGAACAAAAUCAGCUCGCAACUGAUGGUUUGUUGGACCAAUAUGAUCGUGCCCCACCCGAAGAUUUUAUACAUCUGUUUCUAAAUAAUCCUGAAUGCUUGAUCGAUUUCCUAGAGCAUCUAAUCGAGACCAGCAGCAAAUUGAGUCAACUAGUUUAUAACACCCUGGUGGAGCAUUACUUGCACGUGUGGUCGAAGCUUAGUGAGUUCACCGGCAAACUGCAUUACGAACAGAAGAUCAUCAAAAUAUUGGAAUCUCCAGAGUCUAACUGCGACAAACAUCAAGUUCUCAUUCUAUGUCAGGCUGUCAACUUUCGGCCAGGAUUGAUAUUCCUGUACGAGGAGAAUAAAAUGUACCAACAAAUCUUGCAAUAUCACCUGACACAAAAAGACUACGAUAGUGCCAUUGCUUGCUGUCAACGUUUCGGAAACCAAGACUCGAGUCUAUGGGUUCAGGCCCUAUGGGCGGGAGCAAGACAUCGUGAUGUUCCUUCAUCCAUCCUCAAAGAAAUAUUGUAUGUUAUAGAAAGUAAGCAGCUUCUGUCACCACUGGAAGUGGUGGAUGCAGUUUGCAGUUGGAAGUCAGUGGAAAUUGGUGAUGUGCGCUCCUACCUGAACAGUGUGCUGCGCAAUGAACUCAAGACUACUGAUCACGAGCAGGCACUCAUACGCAAAUACACUGAAGAUUCCAGUCGAAUAAGAAAACUCAUCCAUGAUCUUCAAAACUCACCAAUCACAUUCCAAGGCUCAAGAUGUAGUGCCUGCAAUAACCAACUAGAACUUCCUUCUGUUCAUUUCCUCUGCCAACAUUCUUUCCAUCAACAUUGUUUCCAAAGUUAUGCUGAUCAUGAGAAUGAAUGUCCAGAGUGCCUUCCUAACAAUAAGCAGAUUUUUGAUGUCAUUAAAGCACAGGCUCAGAAUAGUGAUCUACAUGAGACAUUCCACAGUCAACUGGAAAGAGCUGAUGAUGGAUUCUCGUUAGUUGCUGAUUAUUUUGGCCGUGGAAUCUUCAACAAACUCACUAUUAUCAACGAUGAAAUGAGAAAGAAGUCUAUUGUCUCCAACGUGAAAAAGUCUGCUAAAAUACCUGAAGUUUCUCCCACAACACAAGUUAGAAAUCAGCGGCCUCAAUCACUUCUACCAAAGACUAUGUCAGCACCUGCCAAAGAGGAGAGUUACAGCUCAACGCUUGAAGCGAACUUGUCGCCUGGCGAGUCGUGUAGCGCUGAGCUGACGCCUGCCAGUGAACUGCGGCUGGCCGACGCAAUCGCCAACCAAUCGUCACCUCAAUCCUAUCGCCAGCUCGGCAACAACCCAUUCGAACAGGAGGACUACCCGCGCUCAAACAACCCAUUCGACGACGAUGAUGAUGCCGAUGAUUACGACAAGAAUCUCAACCCGUUUGCAAGCUAGUCACAACAUAACCAACUCAUAGAAUUAAUGUCGAAAAGUAUUGAACCAAAUUGCAAUUGAUAUAAAAAAUACAUUUAUAUAUUCGUUAUAAUCAUUUAUAUAUUUACAACAAACAAUAAUUGUUAUAAUUUUAUCAUUGUAGAGUUUAUAGUUUUUUUUAUUAAAAAUAUUUAUUGAG